GUGAGGAUGAGGCACCUGAGAAAGAUGACAUAAAUGCCAAGGAAGGGAAUGAGCCACCUCACAAGAAAAACAAGAAACACAGAAAACACAAGAGCAAGAAGAAGAAAAGGAGGAGGAAGGGGGAAAAGGAGAGCAGUUCAGAAUCUGGUGCUGAUUCGGAUGUAGAGCCACCACCUCCACCGAGACCUGUCAGGACAACCAGAGCCAGUGCCAGACUGGCUGCAGCAGCUACAGGACCUGACGACAAUGCUGGGCUGAAGGAAGAGGGCAAAAGGGAUGUAAUUACAGAUCGUGCGGAAACGGAGGGUGAUGCAAAAUCCAAAAAACACAAAAGACAUGCUGCUAAGAAGAAGAAAAAGAAGAAGAAGAAGGAUGAAAAGCAGGAAAAGAAAUCCCCAUCUCGCUCCCCAUCUGAAAGCAGCUCAGCUUCAGGUUCUGAGUCUGAAGGUGAAGGAGGUAAAGGGGCUGGUGAUGGCAAAUACUCUCCAGCUGCAGCAUCUGACCUGCAGGAACCAGUGUCCAAACUGGUUCCAAAAAGCAAACGAGGGGAGGAGAAGGGGGUUCCUAUCCUUACACAGAAUUCUGAUGUGCUUGGAGUGAAGAAAGAGGCGAUAUCAGAUAUGGCUGUGUCCCCAUCUGGAGGCAAGGGCAGUAACACCAAUGGCUCAGAAAAGGACACUAGGUCACCCUCUGCAGGCCAGGAUGAGAUAACACAGACUGCAACAGUUAAGGUUAAGACAGAGGGUAGUCAUGCUGGUAGUACAUUCAGUCAUGCCCAUGAACUCCCUGACAUCAUCCCUAAACAAGAAGGUGCUACCCCAAGAGAUGACCCAGGCCUUAAAGAUCAGGCCAAUUCAGUUCAGCGGCCAAAGGCCAAGGAACAUGAUUCUUCCAGGUCAAGGUCUCCCUCCCCUUCCAGGGGCCUAGACAUUAAGAGGUCUGGGUCAAGACAUAGUCCGUCACCUUCACCUAGUCCUAGUAGGCAGCAGUCCGAUGGUCAAACAGCAACAGCAGUGAAAGAACGGUCAAGAAGCCUUUCCAGGUCAGUCUCAAAGGGAAAACGCUCUAUAACCCCUCUAAAGAGCCGGCAGCUGUCCCGCUCACUGUCCGGCUCUCAGUCCCCUAAAUCUAGGAGGAAGUCACUCUCCCCGUCCCCAAAGUCAAAGUCACCCAAAAGAGCUAGCUGUCGGUCCCGGUCCACCUCUCGCUCCCCCACCCCCAAGAAGAAGGUGCCAAAAGCGUCAAAGAAGUCCAAAUCUCCUAAACGUCGGAGGACUUCAUUGUCUGUUUCCCCAAAGCGACGCAGAAGUUCCCACUCACCUAAAAGAAAGGUGUCACGAUCCCCUAAACGUGGUGGGCGCAGGUCCCCCUCUCUAUCUCGGUCUCCAAGGAGAAGUCGAAGGUCAGAGUCACGGCCCCGUGGAGGCAAUAGGCGUUCCAGGACCCGCUCACCUAGACGAGGUGGUGCAGUUGGCAGGCGUUCACGAUCACGUUCCAUUAAUAGGACCCGUCGCUCCCACUCUAGAUCAAGACGCCCUGUUCAUCGCUCCAGGUCCCGGUCACUGGGAAGGCGCACAGGAGGCAGGCGCUCCAGGAGUCGAUCUGUGUCUAGACGUAGGAGGUCACCACCCCCGAGAUCCCGCCGCUCACGAUCCCGGUCUGUCCGCAGGAGCAGGCGGACUCGAUCACGUUCUGUUGUAGUUCUUAAGCGCAACCGUCGCUCCAGAUCUAAGAGUCCCCGCAAAAGGACCAAAUCCAGGACCCCUCCUUCCCGACGAAAGUCCACAUCCCGAUCACCUGUCAGAAAGCGCUCUCGAUCCCCUGCCAGGAGAAAUCGCUCUCCACAAAGGUCUAGCAAACGCUCCAAAUCCCGCUCCUUGUCUCGGAGGCAUUGGUCAAAGUCACGCUCACCACCACCUGGCAAGAGGAGGUCCAAAUCUCCUAGGAAGGGUGGAAGAAGGUCAAAGUCUAAAUCUGACUCUGCGGUUUUGAAUAAAUCGAAGUCCAGUUCCAGGUCUGUGUCAAGUGAUGGGGGGUCUGAGAGCUCCUCCCCAGCCAGAUCCACAUCUUCCUCUCCUGUUAAAGAAAAGAAGCCACCCUCUCCUAAGGUUGAGCAGCCAGCUGGUGGGAAGGCAACGAGCGAAAGUGGAGAUGUUCCAGUUACAACAGGUGUGUGGAAACCCAUGACCUCAGCAGUUGCCUCCAGCCCCCCUGCUGCAAGCUCCUCUGAUAAGUUGCCGCCCCAGACGCUUGCUCCCAACAAUGACAAGCAACAGAGAGAGAGUGCCAGCUCAUCCAAUGAACAAGAUGUCUCCAGGUCUGGUUCCAGAGAGCCUGGCACUAGCCCAGAAAAGUCAGAUUGUUCAGAAGGCUCAGAUGAAGAAGAGGAAUCUCCCGUUAAAACCCUUCUCAGGCUCCUCAGCUCUACAGUUCCUGCAUCUCCGGGAGAGCAGAAGAAGCAGCUGUCCAAGUCACGCUCACCUGCGGAUCGCAGGAAACUUUCACGCUCAACUUCUUCGCCUCGGCGAUCUACGUCCAAGUCUGCAUCCAGAAAGAAGCAGUCUAGGUCUAAGUCUCCAGUGAGGAAAAGAGAAUCUAUCUCACCAAUAGAAAGGAAGAAGCGACGGUCUAAAUCUCGGAGUCUUGCCCGGCGGCGAAGGUCACGCUCUGCUGCUCGACGUAAGCGCUCACGCUCCAAGUCACGGACCAGAGUCCGCAGGUCCAAGUCCCGCUCUCCAACCCGCAAGAGGCGAUCCCGCUCACCCAACACCCGUGGGAGGAGGAGGUCCAAGUCCACAGACAGAAGCAAGCGAUCCAAGAGCCGCUCCACAGGCCGGAGGAAAAGGUCCAGAUCAGGAGACAGAAGCAGGCGCUCAAGGUCACGUUCCUCUGACCGCAGACGCAGGUCUAGGUCCAGGGGUCGAGGCAGGCGCCCAGCAUUUCGCAGUCGUUCGUUCGAUAGACGUGACAGGUGGAAAAGGGAACCUAGCCACUCUCCAGUUCUCAUUCUUCGCAAACAACGCCGCUCAGGGUCCCGAACACGACGCAGCACCAGCAAGACUCCUCCACGGCUCACUGAACUGGAUAAGGACCAGUUACUGGAGAUAGCCAAAGCUAAUGCUGCUGCCAUGUGUGCUAAGGCGGGGGUGCCCAUUCCUGAGAGUCUUCGGCCAAAAGCCAUCCUCCAGCUCCCUCUCCCCACUCCAUCUCCUGCCCCCCUCUCCUUACCCCUACCUUUACCUCUCCCAAUGGGCAUGGGGAUGCCAAACAUGCCGAAUAUGCCCAACAUGGGUCCAAUGGGGCUAUCCAAUAUUCCAGGAAUGUCCAGCAUGUCAAACAUCACCAUGAGUGCCGCUAUGGCCAGUAUGACAGCAGCUACUAUGACCGCUGCCUUGACCAAUAUGGGUGCUCUGGCUGCCAUGCCUCCUCUUGCCCCACUUCCUACCAUCACAAACAAGCCUCCCCCGUGCCUCGCCCCGCCAACGCCAACCCUUAACCUGGACCACAUCGAGGAAGCAAAGCGGAAGGUCACCCAGCAAGCUAACAUACACACCAUCAAGGAGCUUACUGAGAAGUGUAAGAUGAUUGCAAAUAGCAAGGAGGAGAUGGCCAUUGCUAAACCUCAUGUCUCAGAUGAUGAAAGCUAAAACCAACAAGCCCUCAUGCCACUCCCUGGAAGGAAAAUGUAAAGGAAAAAAAAAAAAGAAAAAAGAAAGAAAAA